AUGGCGGCGGCCGGAGAGCCAGUCGCACCACUAGCCCCCCCUCAGGAGGAGGCUAGGCCCCCUGAUCCGUCGGUUGGUCUUCGCCGGCCGCCGGAGGUUUCAUCUUCUCCGGAUGGAAAGAAGGACCGCGAGGUUCAACAGCUGAAGAAACGGGUUAGACCUUUGGAUCUGCAGGACGGCAGCAAUCGGCAGGAAGAGGUCAUUGUCGAGGAUAUAACGGAAGAGGAGCUGCAGAAGGAGGCCAGGGAGGACUCUCGCCGGAACACGACUGGUCUGCAGUCGAAUGUAGUACAACCACCGCAGCCACCCAUGGCAUGGGGCGUGGGACGCAAGAAACUUUUCAGCGAAGCGGUUAGGGAGGAAACCUGGUACGUGGAGGAUUCGGACACGGAAGAAGAGGUGGUGGAGAUGAGAGAAGACACCCAACGUGAUCAAACGACUGUCGAAGAGGACCCCCGCUGCCCUACGAUCUACUUCUCACCGGAAGAGUGGCACAACUACAGAAGGGAGUGGCGAUCAGCCCUCAUGGUGAAGGUCCUAGGUCGCUCAUACCCGUACCCUAUUAUGGCGAAGCGUCUAAACAUGUUGUGGGCACGCAAUAGGACGAUACAGAUUACGAACAGGCCGAACGGCUUCUUCUUUGUUCGCUUUACUAGUAAGCUAGACUAUGAACUUGCUCUCACGGGUGGGCCCUGGUUGAUCGGGGACAAUUACAUCACGAUUCAGAAGUGGAAGAAGGGGUUUGAUCCUAGGACUUGCCAGAUCCAAUCUACCUCUGUUUGGAUCAGACUCCCUGACCUACCCAUUGAACUCUACCAUCCUGAAGCAGUGUUGCGAAUAGCCAAGAGGGCUGGUACACCGAUCCGAGUGGAUAGGGCAACGGAGCUGGGGGCCAGGGGGGUCUUUGCACGCGCCUGCAUCGAGGUCGAUCUGACGAAACCCCUGUUAUCCAAGUAUAAGGUUGAAGGAGUGGAAUACGAAAUAAAAUACGAGGGACUUGAGAACAUUUGCUUCGAGUGCGGGACGUAUGGACACUCGAAGACCAGUUGCCCCAAACUUCACGGGUCGGACCAGCCAAUCAAGGACCCAGUCGAUCCCGUCCAAACCCAAGGAAGAAAACAUGAGGAACCGUAUGGAGAGUGGAUGAUUGCGAAGCGAAGGGACCGGAGGCCGAAGAGGGGGAUGGAACAAGUAAAGACGGGCGCAGCGGGACAACCAAAUGGUGUCGGGAAUCUGGCCAGAUCUGGGUCGCGUUUUGACGUCCUGCAGGAGGAGGAGACAACUGCCUCAUCACACCAACGGGUGAACCUCGACAGGGGCAGUGUAGACACAAGGCAGGAGAAGACUACCCAAGAACGCCCCUCUACGUCAAACACGACACCGAAAGUGCAUCAAGUAUGGGUAGAGAAGUCAACAGCUCCGAGCAUCAGCUCAAGGGAAGCAACAGGACACAAGUCAGGUGUGUCACCAUCCAAUACGGCCCCGGUCAAAGAACCACCCUCGCUAACGAACCCUACCUGUACUGAUCCCAAGACGGUUGAACAUGCUGCAGCCGAGACCAAGGAGAAAGGGUUGAUGAAGGAACCAUCUGCACGCAGUACACCAGAGAAGCUAGCGGGCAAAGAUAUGGAGCAGCACACUCAAGCAAUGGGCACACCACCCGCCAUGCAGGCCAUGCACACGGCCUCGUUACAUGAGGAGUUAAGCCCUAUGAACGUUGAUUCCGGAGAACAAGCAAUGGGUGGGAAGCGGGAGUAUACCCCCACGGGGGUACCUCAACCCUCACUUUAA